ACUGCCUUCUUUCUCUUACGUUCUCUCUCUCCCUCUUAAAUCUGAUUCUAGAUCUCCCACAAGAAAACCUCCAUCAAUCCAAGUCCCUGAUAGAAGUUCUCGAUAAAUCCCUAGGCUCCACCUCCCAAAUCAUUCUCGCCUUUGAUUCUGUUCCCUAAAACUGACUCCUUUCAAUCUCAUUGUUCUCCUUCAAUCUCUGUUUUGCACUUUAGGGUUUUUUAGAGAGAGAGAGAGAGAGAUGACGGGGAUGGUGAUGCUAACAAGAGGAGGAGGAGGAGGCGGUGGUGAAAAUGCAGCUGAGGAAGAACAGAACCAGCUGUCGUUAGGUUCAGAAAUGGCAGACUUGAAGGUCGAUGACAUACUCGAAUUUCUCAAAAAGAAUAAGUUCGCUAGGGCUGAAGCAGCAUUGAGAUCCGAGAUAGAUAAUCGCCCUGAUCUGAAUGGUUUGAUGCAAGAUCUAAACCUAAAAGAUAAAGAUUUGGGAAGCAAGUUAUUAGAAAAAGUGAGUACAGCUGGAAACCAAGGGAAGGGUUCCUCAACAAGUGACAACGUCUCAAAGGAAAAGCAUAUAGUGAAAGAAAUAGAACGUGGGAGUUGAACCCACGCCCUUUCAUACCACUGUCGUGAUGAUGAUGAUGAUGAUGAUGAAUAUAGGUGUUUGUACAAAGCCGUGAUUUGGAAGUGGGGUCCUUCUGAAAACUACAAACAGUGGGAAGUCAUGGAGUCGUGAUAAAGCGGCUGAUAAUAUUGCUGCCAAUCUAUACUCAGCAAAGUUUAUCAACGACAGACAAGGAUUCGUGCUAGGAAAUGAUGGAGUCUUGCUAAAGUAUCUUGGAUAGUUUCAUGACGUUUGCUAUCUGUCUUAGUAGCUUCGACACCAAAAUUGCAUGUGAAUGACCAAUAAACUGGUUCUUGAAGCAGCUUGGUGUCUUACAAACAUAGCUGCCGGAACACCUGAACAAACCAAAUCUUUAUUACCAACUUUACCCUUACUUAUCGCUCAUCUUGGAGAAAAAAGUUCGUUAUCUGUUUCCGAACAAUGCGCAUGGGCAUUAGGAAACGUUGCAGGUGAAAGUGAUGAGUUGCGGGAUCUUCUUAUUUCACAAGGAGCGUUAAUUCCUCUUGCGAAAAUGAUGCUGCCUGAUAAUAGUUCAACUAUCAGAACCGUCGCUUGGGCGUUAUCAAACUUGAUCAAGGGACCAGACCCUGAUGCUGCAACUGAACUUGUAAAAAUCGAUGGGGUGGUAGAUGCCAUAGUUCGACAUUUGAAGAAAUCAUUAUUUGUUCAGACUUAUAAACUUUCUUUUAGCUUAUCAUGUUGACUUUCGGGAUGAAGAGCUUUUGUCAAAUUAUAUAUCCUUCUUCAGGUUUGCUAUAUUUCAGCCCGUGUAUUGGUUUUCUAAAAUUAUCUUUUCUGAUUAUCAAAUGAUUCAGCUGUUAAGGGGACACUUUCGUCAUGUAAUGUUGGUUUCGUGGCGUGAGUCGGAAAAUAUUGAUACUUCUAUUUAUAUAAAUGAAAUACGUUUUUUAAUCUGUUGAUUUUCAGUCGAACAAGUUUAAUGUAUAAUAAUCGAACAAGUUUAAUGUAUAAUAUGAAUGUGAAUUCAUUAAAUAAUUUCACAUCAUAUUUUACAUAUAAACGUAGGCUUACAUUCAAUGUUUACGAUGUACCCGCGUCCACCUAUGAUAUAUUAUAAUCUGUUUUUUAGUAUUUAAAAGAUAUAUUUUAAUAUGUUUUUUAGUAUUUGAUUUAGAUCGUUAUUAAACAUACCCGUGUAUUCACACGGGUAUUACAACUAGUUUCAUAUUAUAAAAUAAUGUGACCAAUAGAAAAAUCAUACCUUAGACAUUAAAUUGGGGAGACGCAUCAUUAGACGUGAAGGAGACGAGGUCAGACGCACAAACAUCAUACGCAGAAAUCAAGAUCUCAGGAACAUAACGAACAGAAGGAAUCAGUUAGACGCAAGACAUCAGAGGGGGCGAAAACAUCAGACUUGAAGGUUCUUGGAGCACUCGGGGAGCAUAGGAAUCAUCGUGGAAGGCUCGGGAGCACUCGGGAUUGAAGAUUUUCGGGUUUUAUCUUCUCGUUAUUUCUUCUUGUUCGUUUGUUCUUAGUUUGAUCACGAUGAAUUCUGAUUUGUUGAUGAUUAUUAUGUCUUUUGAUACAAUGAUUUUUGGCUAAA